AUGAGUAGCAGCGUGUGCGUGGGAGGCCGCUAUUUUUGUCCGUUAAUCUUUUCGCGAUGUUUUGUCAGCAGGAUUUCUGGUGCUUUAACAGCAAGCUAUUCCACAUCCUCGUCAUCCUCAUACAAGGGAUUUGGCGCGAAACGGGAAAGAAGAUCCGAGCAGCCCUCCAGAUUUGAGGAGCUAUCUGACGAUUCCAAACGAACAAAUAACAAUACCAGAAGAUUUGGGAACAACCAUGCUCCAAGAUAUGAUUCUUCCGUGCACUAUUCCUCUAAAGGCUUUAGCAAUGCUGACCACGAACGGAUGUCAGCUCCAUUCAAAAGACGCACAGAUAUGGAAUAUCAGAGCCCUGGUAGCGAGACCGGAAAAUAUCAACCAAGGAGGGAAAUGGAAUACCGGGGCCAUCGUGAACAAAGGGAUGGUUUUAAUUAUCCCGCAAAAGAAUACUUUAAGCAACGGCCCUUUGAAAGAAGGGAUGAAAAUCCCGAUUUUCAUUCCAGGUCUAAUCCGGCCUGGAAAUCCAAUGCUCGAGUUCAUUUGACAAGAAAUAGAGAGGAUCAGUAUACUGGCGGUAAUUUUGAAUCAAACGAAAAGCAGAGAUCUGGUAGUUUUAAACGAAAUUAUGAGAAAAGUGGCGUUGGCGGCUCUAAAUUUGAGCAUAGUGGCAGACAUUUCAGCGGCUAUUCAAAGGAUGAAAGCGAUAUUCAGGCGAAGGGGAAUUUUCGGUCUAGAAAUUCCUCUUAUAGCAACGAGGAAGCUGGGGACCAACGCGGGGGAGCUAGCCAGAAUCACUACGGAAAUCAGAAAUAUAGUGGAAAUGGACCUAAAAAUCAGGAGUACAGAAAAAGCGGAUAUGCAGCACAAGGUGUUAACGAAAGCAAUAACGAGGAUCACUAUGUCCGGAAAAAUGGCAUGAGAGCUUUUAAUUCCGAAAAGGCCAAAUAUGCCCGGGAAAGGUCUCUUCCAGACUUUGAUGAACAAGAAUCUUCGGAGGAGAAGCACAAGAAAUCCUGGGAUGCUAAACCGCAUCACUCUUUUGGAAAAUUUAAUGCCUCUGCAAAAGCAUUGUCAGGACAGAUCCCAAAAUUUGAGAAAACCUCCAACGAUUACGACAAAAAUGCGGAGCCUCUUUAUUCGUUGAAAAAAGAUAAAACAGCUGCAAAAUCGGAAGCCAGAAGAAACGGGCCCCAGCAUGCUCAAGCCAAAUUAGACAAUACAGCCAAAGAGGCUUCCAUUGAUAAUACCAGCCAAGAUAACGAAGACAAUAUUGAUGCUGAGUUGACAAACGGCGAAAACGUCCGCCCUGAAAAGACUGCCGAAACUUUUCACAAUGAAUCUCUCCAUAAAGCGAGUAGAAUGCGCGUAAGAAAUUCGCGCAUCGUCAGAGAACGGCUUGCCAAAAAACCGAAAGAUAGGCUUAAAUCUCUAAUCGACACAAACUCAGAAAACCUACAUGCAUCUGGGACCUGCUUGAAAGACCAGAAAAGCGUCCCGGCUGCUUUAGAAACAGCCUGUACACCGAUUCUGUUUGAAGGCGAAACAUGCGAGGCAAUCCAAGUUAAUCUACAAAAUCUUCAAGAUUCAUCUCAAAACAGCCCCACUUUUGAGAUACAAUCAGGAUGCCUCGACAGCCCCCCUUCCGUUUCUGGUGAUAUUCCUGAUCAGAAUGCUUCUGAAGCUGUUGAGAAUGCCUCUGAAGCUGUUGAGAAUGCCUCUGAAGCUGUUGAGAAUGUUGUACAUGCCCCCCAAUCUACCGAUUUCCCUCAAAAUUCGAAAAUUACCGGGGAGUAA